AUGUCCCCACCCCAGGACCUCCUGGACGGAAUAUCCGGCGCCCUCGCCGCAGAAGGCGACAUACUGCAGAUGACACUAGUCACCUUCAUCGGGCUGAGCUGCUACAAUGUCGCCGAGCUAGUCGUGCUCGUCCCCUCGACUUUCCGACGCUGGCGAGGCCUCUACUUCUGGUCCCUGCUAACAUGCGGGUGCAUCGGGGUAGUCCCGUACUCAAUCGGUUUCCUGAUGAAAUUCUUCACGCAAACCGACAGCAUCCUCUCCGUGACAGUGCUCACGAUCGGCUGGUGGACGAUGGUAACGGGCCAAUCAGUCGUGCUAUACUCCCGACUACACCUGGUAUUGCGCGAUGAGCGAAUUCUUAAGCGCGUACUUCGACUCAUCGUCGCGAACUUCUUCCUCCUGCACGUCCCGACAACGGUCCUGACGUACGGGGCGAAUAUCGUGCACACGCAAAACAAGGCCUGGGUUACCGGUUACAACAUCAUGGAGAAGGUCCAGUUAACCGGCUUCACGAUUCAAGAAGGAAUCCUCUCGACAUUAUACGUGAUCGAAACGGUCAAACUCCUCCGACUAGGCGCCGAGUCCGCAACUCGACCCGACUCCCGCUCAAUAAUGUAUCAACUGAUCGGGAUAAACUGCGCGAUCAUGGCGAUGGAUUUGCUCUUAUUGAGUCUGGAAUAUGCAAAUCUGUACGCGGUGCAGAUUACGUUGAAGGGGUUUGUAUACUCGCUGAAACUCAAGCUUGAGUUUGCGGUGUUGGGGAAACUGGUGGAUCUGAUUCAGGGUUCGAGACAUCCUAUUUCUAUUGCGAUUGCGGAUACAUUGCCUCUUUGCUCGUUUAAUCGGCAGCCCGAGACGCCGGAUCGGGAUCAGGAUGCGAGGGAUGAGGGGCCGACUGGCGAGUCGGAGCCGAAAGAGUUUCUUGCGACCCCUAGUAAUACGCGGAUGGUGGAGGGGAGGACGUUUGUGGAGACUGGGAGACCUUCUUGA